AUGGCGGAAGAUCCUAUGACACUUUCGUUGGAUUUGCUACGACGUCUACCACCUGCCAAGAUAAAUGAAAAUCUGGAAACAUUGAUUAAGUUAUGUCCAUCAUUAACGGACGAAUUGGUUGCUUCAGUCGAUCAACCAAGUUGGAUAAAAUACGAUAAACAAGCACAAAAUCGAGAAUACCUUUGUUGUGAUUAUAAUCGGGAUGGCGAUUCGUUCAGAUCUCCUUGGAGUAACGAAUACGAUCCUCCUUUGCAAGAUGGAACGCAACCACCACAAAAGAUUCGUGAUUUAGAAAUACGUGCGAAUGAAGCUUUUAAUACCUACAGACAACUGUACUAUGAUGGUGGUUUAUCUUCCGUCUAUCUUUGGGAAUUGGAAGGAUCUUCAGGCUUUGCAGGAGUGGUUUUAUUCAAGAAAACUCUUGAUGAUCAAGAAAGAACUCCAGGCAGUUGGGAUUCACUGCAUGUAUUUGAAGUGUUUGAAGGCACUCGAUCAUCAAAGUAUCAACUCACAUCCACGAUCAUGUUAUCACUCGGAAGAAAGGAGACAAAUUCCAAUUUACAGCUAGCCGGAAGUUUGACAAGACAAUAUAAUGCCGACCUUCCAGUCAAAGAUCCUUCAUCCCACAUCGUCAAUAUGGGAAAGAUGAUUGAAGAUUCAGAAGCAAAGAUGCGUAAUCAAUUACAAGAAGUUUAUUUCGGUAAAACAAAGGAUAUCGUUGCAACUUUACGCAGUGUUGAUAGCUUGGACAAGAUACGACUAGCACAAGAUUUCCAAAAAGAACUCAUGGGUAAAUUGCGUAAUUGA